AGCCAUUUUGGCUCAAGCCUGCCUUGGGCGCCAGGCGGUCGGCAGCGUUGGGUUUGCGCUUCUCGCCUGCUCAGGGAGAAGCGUUAUCCUCUUGCCGCGGCCAUGGCCCAGGCGGUGGCUACGGUCCCGCCCCCGCGGGGGGGCGAGCGCAGGCUGCUGGCGGCGAUGGCGCCGCUCGUGCAGGCCGCGGCGCAUGGGGCAGCGGCUGGAGGCGGCACCCGCCAGGUGGUGGCGGCCGCGGUGGCGGCGGCCAUCCGCACGUGCGCGGAGGUGCUGGCUGAAGGCGAUAGCGACGACGGCGAGUGCGCGAGGAGCUCGCACAGCCGCACCUGCGGCUCCACGUCGCCGCAGGGCGCGACGGGGUGCGGGCCCAGCCCUCUGGGGCCUGCCGCACAUUCCGCCACUGGGCACUCCACGCGGGCUUCGGGGGCGGGGCGGCGGCGGCGCCUGCGACGGCGGCGGAGGCCAAGAGGCGCGUCCGCGGGCAACGCAAGAGAGGCCGUGGCGGCCUGGAGAGGGACCCGCCGCCUGCAGGCGCGCAGGUGCUGGAGGGCAGCAGCGGGGACUCCUUCUCCGAGGACGCGUCGGAGAUGCCGCACGUGCUGGGCGCGAAGUUGGAGAUGGAGGACAUCGAGGGCGCCCCAAACUACAAGGCCACGGACGAGCUGAAGGAGAGGUCCUUGCUUAAGCCAGUGGCGAAGCAGUUGGGGGAGCCGACGGAAAAGGCCAGCGAGUGCGCCCCAGACAGCAAGGCUGAGAAGGUGGGGGUACUGGUCUCGGACGUGAGCGUUGGAGACGUGCUGGGCCUGGAUAACACUCGCUUCUGCAAGGGGAAGUUCCGGUACGACCCCGAGAAGCAGGAGGAGCUGAGGAAGCAGGGCGCGCUGGUCGGGGGCACGGUCGACAACAGCGCGGAGGCUUGCACGCAGGACUGGUUCGUCGGGGAGCUGUCCGUCGAGGUGGGCACGCAGACGGUGGACCAGGUCGAGGGCGAGCAGCAGCAGCACGGCGUCGGCUCCGUCAAGAGCGACGCUGACCGAGUGCCGCCGCUCGCGGCUGGCUGCGGCCGCAGCGGCCCAGGCGGCAAUCCUGAGCGGCGAUCUGGCCGAGGGGCUGCGGUUGCUCGAGGCGGCUCAGGUCUUCGGCCAGGCCGAGUGAGGCGUGCAGUUGCAUUCUGUAUGUAGAUCUGGUCUCGCCUCGGUGGGGGGGUUGGGCGUCUGAGGGGGCUUGGCCCUUCCGCUUGCCCAGGCUCGAUGAGGCCGCCCCGUUUUGGUUUACCACAUGAUCUUUGCAUAUCACACAGCCCGCGUCGUUUUCCCUGCAGAGAGAACCGCUUCCUGCCGCCACCGCCAUUCCCA